AUGACGCGGCGGCGCCGCUCGGUGACGUCGCCCCUGCUCGACCCGGGCCCCGCUCAGCCUCGUUCGGCUCGCACUCGGCUCCGCUCGGCCUCGUUCGGCUCCGCUCGGCAGGCGCAGUUCAGCUGCCCCAUCUGCCUCGAGGUUUUCCACCGCGCCGUCGGCAUCGCGGGCUGCGGCCACACGUUUUGUGGGGAAUGCCUGCAGCCCUGCCUGCAGGUGCCCUCCCCGCUGUGCCCGCUCUGCCGCGUGCCCUUCGACCCCAAGAAGGUGGAGAAGGCUUCCAGCCUGGAGAAGCAGCUCUCGUCCUACAAGGCUCCCUGCAGGGGCUGCAGCAAGAAGGUGACCCUGGCCAAAAUGCGCUCCCACGUCUCGUCCUGCGCCAAGGUGCAGGAGCAGAUGGCCAACUGCCCCAAGUUUGUUCCAGUUGUCCCCACAUCCCAGCCUAUUCCCAGCAACAUUCCCAACCGCUCCACGUUCGUGUGUCCGUACUGCGGGGCGCGGAACCUGGACCAGCAGGAGCUGGUGAAGCACUGCAUGGAGAACCACAGGAACGACCCCAACAAGGUGGUGUGCCCGGUGUGCUCGGCCAUGCCCUGGGGGGAUCCCAGCUACAAGAGUGCCAACUUCCUGCAGCACCUGCUCCACAGGCACAAGUUCUCCUACGACACCUUCGUGGAUUACAACAUCGACGAGGAGGCAGCGUUGCAGGCGGCCCUGGCUCUGUCCCUCUCUGAGAACUGAGGCUGAUCCCUCUCCCUGCCCUGGCUCCUUCUGCACACUCCAGGAACCCUCUGGAGCCCCUCUGCUGCCUCUGUUCCCACUGCAAUUCCCACCUUGUUUAAGAAGGUGGAGCCUCUUUGGUUGUCACAGUGAGUGAGCAGAGAGCUCUGGAGCAGGGCUGGGAUCCAUCCUUGGAUUGGCAUUUAAUAUCCGUGCUGGGAGCAUAGCCCCGUGUCCAGAUCUAUUUAUUGUUAGAUGCUUUUUGGCACGCUCCUCCCUGCUCUCUGUUGCAGCAGAAUAGGUACCUGAAACUGAUAGAUUGGAUGCCAAACACCCUCAUUUGGGACUGGAAUCAGCCACAUCCUUUUAAAAAGGAGGAAGGCAGCACAGAGCAUCUUUUUUUAAACUCUCCAAGGAUUUUUCUAGAGAUGUCAGGCUGUCCUGACCCCCGUGCUGGAGGCUGGAGCUGCCUCCUUCACCUGAAUCCCAGGAUGAGACUGAAGAGUGGUUCAGAGGAGCCCUGGAGGAUGGCAUCCAGCAUCCAGGGAGACCCUUCCUCGUUUUGUACCAGCUCUUGGGACACCAAAUCCUUGCCUUUUUCUACACGGAGCGGCGCGAAGCCUUUUCCACGUUUUCUAGAGCGGGGUCAGAAGCUGCUCCCCUUCACUCUGCAAUAUCUGCCACCUGGGACAAGAGUAUUUUUAUGGAACAUUAUUAAGAAAGUUUAUUUUUUACACAGAUAACCCAAGCAAAUGAACACUUGGAUUGAGAAUGGAGUGGGAGGCAGGAGCUGGAUCCCGGAGCGGGUCGGACUCGGGUGGGAGGGAGUGCAGGGAUCUUUCUGGGCCAUCCUGGAUAUUCUGGGCCUUUCCCUUCCCUCAGCAGAAUUGUGAGGGAGCAGGCAGGAUGGUUGGGUUGGAUCCAGGUGCUGGUUGCCCAUGGAAUGGCUGUCCAUGCAGGAUCCCAGCCCCGAGCUCCCGAUCCCCCCAGAAAUCAGGGACUGCAUCUCCCUGUGGUGAUCCCUCCCUGGGAACGGGGCACUGCUGAUCCGGGGUGCUCCACAGCAUCCUGGUGACCCCUUCCCCCUGCCCCUUCCUCUCAGCCCUGCCUGCUGCUGCUGGAGUUGGCUCUGGAGGGCUGGGAGAGGCUGGGAGGGAGAUGGCAGCAGCCACGGGGCGAGCCCUGAGGGAGGGGGUGAUUCCCUGCAGGAUUUGCAGGGAAAGGUGGGAGAGGCCCCCUCUGCAUCUCCCUGCUCAGAGAAUUCCUGAGCUUUAUCCAAAACCUGGCUCCAGCUCUGCUCUAGCAAUACUGCCUGGGGUUUGUUUUGGUUUUCACAGCAUGGAUGAUUUUGGGAUCUGCAGCCGUGCAGGGAGCCCUGAGCUCCCCUGGCAGGGCAGGGAGAGGGAUGGGACCUCCUCUGCCCAGCAUUGCUGGCUCCUGGGGGUGUUCCUGUGGGAUGGAGAGCUCUGGCACCUUCCAGGAGGGACCCAGGAGCAUUUCCCUGUCCUGUGCUCAGCUGGGACCCUCAGCAGCACCAUUAACCUCGGGCUCCUUCCCUCUCUCCUCCUUUUCCUUCUCCUUUUUGCCCCACAGAGACAGAGCGGGGGCAGCAAGAGCUGCUUUUGUAAAGCACUUUAAGGCCCUGGGUGUGAGGGGCCACGCCAGGCUGUGCCAGGGGUCAUUCCUGUGCCCGGGAUCCCUCCGUGCCGUGGAUCCAUGGAUCCCACUGGCCGUGCCCACCAGUGCAUCACCCACCACUUUUUUGCAUAAUUAGAACUUUUAACGAGCCGUCCUGUUUUUUGAAGAGGAAUUAACUCUACGACGUAUUUGUAGCAAACCAUUUUUCUCAAUAAAGGCAGUUUCAUCCA